ACUCCGCCCACUGGACAGCCGGCGUCUGUUUACAGAAAGUCGCGGCGGCGGCGGCGGCGGCGUGGUCGUGGACAUGUCAGCCUCGGGGAGCUCGAUGACAGAGUGUCCGUGUUAAACCCGUCACAGGUGUCCGCUCGCUCUUUGUGACGUCGACGCUCUGUGCGUGACCGACAGCCGACUGUAUAGGGUCCGGGAAGGCUGUAAGAAGAAGAACGCCCGUAUUCGGAAUUCCGCCGUCACGAGCAAUGGCGAGGCGUAAAAGGCGCAACAACCCGCCCGAGCAUUGCGCUUGAAGACCCAGCCUGGAGCGUCGCUCAAACACGCGAGCCGCUUCCUGCGCCACGACGACAUGGACAGCCCGGGCACCGAGAACCCCGGCAGGGCUGCGGAGUAUUUACAAGAGCUCAACAAGAUCAUCGAGACACAGCGAGAGUUGCUGGAGAGGCAACGGGCGCGGAUCGAGGAGCUGGAGCGGCAAGUGUGCGACUUGUGCACGGAGAACGGCUGCCUGAAGGAGCGUUACCAGCGGCACCUGGCGAGCUGCAGGCUGCUGCAGGGCGCCGACAGCCCGCACUCGCUCGGGGCCAUCCACGAGCAUGACAAGUCUGAUGGUGAUGUGUCCAGGAUGGUCAGGAGACAUGCCUCCCUGCCUGUCCAAGUUACAGAGACUUCUGGGAGCAUAGUGACUGCUGGCAGCAGAGGAGUCAUCCCAUGUCGCAAGUGGAAGUCUGCUUCCUUUGGUGUGGAAGGGGACGGACGGUCCAACGAGAGCGGCCCUGCCUUGGAUGCAGACGCAGGUUAUGGGCUGGGCCCGGUGACUCACGGUUCAGGCAUCAGCCCUGACCGUUUUGAUAGCUCCCCCUACAGCCACGGGGUUCAACCUGGGCCUCAGAGACCCCGUCGGCCUAAGCUCCAGCACUCACAGUCCAUCCUUCGGAAGCAGGCGGAGGAGGAGGCCAUCAAGCGCUCUCGCUCGCUCUCAGAGAGCUAUGAGCUGUCUGCUGACCUCCAGGAUAAACAGGUGGAGAUGCUCGAGCGCAAAUAUGGCGGACGAUUCAUAACUCGGCAUGCGGCUCGCACGAUCCAAACUGCCUUCCGACAGUAUCAGAUGAACAAAAAUUUUGAACGUCUCAGGAGCUCUAUGUCUGAAAAUCGCAUGUCCAGACGCAUCGUUCUCUCCAACAUGAGGAUGCAGUUGUCAUUUGAGGGUGCAGAGAAAAUGCACAGCUCCUACUUUGAAGGGAGACAGGUGUCUAUGACGGAGGAUGGCGCCCCUCUGUCCAUGUUGCAGUCUGAAUGUGGGGAUAUACAGGUCCACCAGCAGGCCAAUAUGGCGUCACAUCCACCCGCACAGGGUGAUCUGACAGACGCCAUCACGGAACUAGAGGACGCCUUCUCCAGGCAGGUGAAAUCCCUGGCUGAGUCAAUAGAUGAUGCACUGAACUGCCGCAGCCUUCAGGGGGAUGAAGGUCCGGACCCUGAGGUGGAGAGGGACGUUCCCUAUCAGGUGAAGUCCCACCGCAGAGCAGCUGGACAAAUCCACGAUGACUCAAUGGCAUCUUAUAGCGAUGUCACUCUGUUCAUCGAUGAAGAUGACAUGUCGCCUCCCAUUGCUCUGUCAAGGUCGGGAGAGCAGCCCGCUGGCGCAGAAUUGGACAUGCGCUUGCGGUCAGUCAACUCCUCCCAGGACUACUGGCCUAUUGACCCUAAAGAUGAGGGUCGCGACACGGACACGAGCUGCCGCAGCACUCCUUCCCUGGAAUGCCAAGAGCAGCGUCUGAGAAUGGACCAUCUUCCUUUGUUGACUAUAGAACCUCCUAGCGACAGUUCUGUGGAGCUCAGCGAUCGCUCCGAUCGGGGCUCAGUCAAAAGGCCGCCUGUGUACGAGCCGCACAGCCACAUUGUAACAUCAUCCCAGGCAAGUCCCAAACAUAUUUCCCAUGGACCCCCGCCACGAGCGGCCUCCCGUGAUGAGGAUGCCCCUCUACGUCACCGCCACCGCCAGCUGGAGAGCCACCUAGCUAUCAACGGCUCAGCUAACCGGCAGAGCAAGUCAGAGUCUGACUUUUCGGAUGGCGACAAUGACAGCAUCAACAGCACCUCUAACUCGAACGACACUAUCAACUGCAGCUCUGAGUCCUCGUCGAGGGACAGCCUGCGAGAACAGACGCUCAGCAAGCAGACCUACCACAAAGAGACCCGCAACAGCUGGGAUUCGCCCAUCUUUAGCAACGAUGUGAUUCGCAAGAGACAUUAUCGCAUCGGCCUGAAUCUCUUCAACAAGAAGCCAGAGAAGGGCAUCCAAUACUUGACCGAGAGGGGCUUCAUCCCUGACACACCGGUUGGUGUGGCUCACUUCUUGCUGCAAAGGAAAGGCCUGAGCCGGCAGAUGAUCGGAGAGUUCCUGGGAAACCGACAGAAACAGUUCAAUAGGGAUGUUUUGGACUGUGUGGUAGAUGAAAUGGACUUUCAGAGCAUGGAGCUGGAUGAAGCCCUCAGGAAAUUUCAGAACCACAUCCGUGUCCAGGGAGAGGCCCAGAAGGUGGAGCGACUCAUUGAAGCCUUCAGCCAGCGCUACUGUAUCUGCAACCCUACAGUGGUGCGACAGUUUAGGAACCCUGACACGAUCUUCAUCCUGGCCUUUGCAAUCAUCCUCCUCAACACAGACAUGUACAGCCCCAACGUCAAACCUGAGAGGAAGAUGAAGCUAGAGGAUUUCAUCAAGAAUUUAAGGGGUGUGGAUGAUGGUGAGGAUAUACCCAGGGAGACUCUCGUUGGAAUCUAUGAGAGGAUCCGUAAACGGGAACUGAAGACCAAUGAAGACCAUGUGUCACAGGUCCAGAAGGUUGAGAAGCUCAUAGUUGGGAAGAAACCGAUCGGAUCACUGCAUCAUGGACUGGGAUGUGUUCUAUCACUGCCCCAUCGCCGCUUGGUGUGUUACUGCCGCCUCUUUGAAGUGCCAGAUCCAAACAAGCUCCAGAAGCUGGGCCUGCAUCAGCGGGAGAUCUUCCUGUUCAAUGACCUCCUUGUGGUGACAAAGAUCUUUCAGAAGAAGAAGAACUCAGUGACAUACAGCUUCAGACAGUCCUUCUCUCUCUAUGGGAUGCAAGUCAUGCUGUUUGAAAACCAGUAUUACCCAAAUGGAAUCAGACUUACGUCAGCCAUCCCAGGUGCGGACAUCAAAGUCCUCAUCAACUUUAAUGCGCCCAACCCCCAGGACCGCAAAAAGUUCACAGACGACCUGCGAGAGUCCAUUGCUGAGGUUCAGGAAAUGGAGAAAUACAGAAUAGAGUCCGAGCUUGAGAAGCAGAAGGGAGUGGUGAGGCCCAGCAUGUCGCAGAGCUCCGGCUUGAAGAAAGAGACUGGAAAUGGCAGCAUGAACCGUGCAAGUCUGGAUGACACCUACGCCAUGGGCGAAGGGCUGAAGAGGAGUGCCCUCAGCAGCUCCCUGCGAGAUCUCUCCGAAGCAGGCAAGCGGGGGCGUCGCAGCAGUGCAGGAUCACUAGACAGCAAUAUGGAAGGGUCCAUCAUUAGCAGCCCGCACACGCGCCGAAGAGCCACCACCCCGCGUGAGGGCACGUCCCGCGAGCAUCCCUCCCUCCCCAACUCUGCAUCCACCUCCAUUCUGGGCUCGCUCUUCGGUAGCAAAAGAGGCAAACCGUCCUCCCAGAGCCACGGCCCUUACCCCCCGCCCGGCCACCCCACGCUCAUAUCCCACAAGCCCCACCCAACCAACCUGCACCACACGGCACAGGUGGUGCACGGCGUGCAGGUGCCGCACCACAGCCACCACCCGCAGUACUGCCAAGUCCCUCAGAACCCGCCGCCUUAUCACCACCAUCACCACUACCACCCCCCGCCCCACACGCAGUACCACAAGCACCCCACCUACUCCUCACACGUGCAUCAGCACACCCAGCACAGCCACUACAGCCAGCAUUCUCAUCACACCUCCCACUCCCAGCACGCGCCCCAUCACCACAGUACCCAGCAAGCAGGCUCGGCACCCGGCGGACCCAAAACCAAACACAGUGGCAUCAGCACCGUAGUGUGAUGGCAUGACGGCAAGGAGGGCACCGCAAACAAGGGACUGUUUCUGACACCAAAGGGACUGACUGACGGCGCGACUCUACGGCCUUUCCACUGUGUUUUACUGCUGCUGCCAUGAAAACCACCUGCAGGCACUGUUUCACCUCCACGUCCAACUAAUAAGCAGGAUGGACAAUUGGACCACAAUUUCCCACCAGGGGCCUUUAUUACUAGUUUGUUUAAUUCUGGGUGACCCCCCUCCCCCCCACCCCCUUCCUCCCUCAUCAGGGUUCAGCGGUGGCGUUUGGUUCUGUACAGGAAGCUGCCCUUUGUUGUUGACACACACAGACGCAUCGCCAGACUGCCCCCCUCUACAGCCUGUCUCACCUCCAUGUAAUCAGGAGGAAAGACACCCUGGCACAUCAUUGAUGAACAUUGUCGGGCACAGCAUUUUUGGUUUGCAAGUCCCAUGGAUGCUAUUUGUCCUUUCCUCCGAUAGAGCUCACAUGUAACUAAGAUAUAAUCAUUUGACUUAAAACCGGAGGACAGGUAAGCAACGUCUGAGUCAUAUUAGUUCUAGUGCCGUAUUUACUGUAGAUGACAGCUGUGUGUGUUGUCUCCUAGCGCUCAUACAUAAAUGUGCCAAUUAUUAAUGCAUAAUCUAUUUAGCCAAGACUUCCUGUACAGUAUGUCGUGCGUAAUUUGUAAGAUUAUACUUACAAUUAUUAUUAUCAGCAAAAAGUAUCAGUAUUAUACUGACUCUGGGGCAGCAAGCUGUAGAUGUGGAAGCGGUGAAAUCGGCCUGUAAUCGAUCUUGGAAGUUUGGCCUUUCCAAAGGAAGAGAAGAGCUUUGAGCUGGCAGCUGUUGCAUCUGUACAACAUUGACUGUUCUCGUCGACAGCCACUUUAAAGUGCAAAUUUGUCAUUGCACCGUACAAAAUUAUAUUUUAGACGGAGGUUCAAAACAUGAAUGCGACUGUUGAAAUAAAUGCACGCAUUACAAGCAACAGCUGCCAUCUCCACUCAUUAAAUCCAACUACCAACUCUUACCAGAAUAGUUUUUUUCUGCGUUUGCCCAAGUUUUGGCGAAUGGCUUAAAUCAGUUCUUACAAAGUGAAGUAUUUGUUUUUGUAUCAUAUGUGCAAUAUCUUUGUACUGAUUAGGAACAAGCAGUGUCCCUAAAAUUUGUGCAGUUAAUUUGUUUUGCAUCAUUAUUUAUUUGUUUUUCAGCCCCUCUCUGUCUAAAUUAAUGCUCGCUGCAGGCUCAGAGCCCGGUGGAAUGUCUAUAGUAAUUUUUGCAUGUACUGUUAUUGAUGUGAGGCUGUCCUCUGCACAUUGUAUAACAAAUCAGUGUUACAUAGCAAGUUUAAGUGCAAUCAUGUUCCCACAUGCAGACUUGUACUGAGAGUGGAAGUCUUCUGUUGGCCAGGAUGAGAUUCAGGUGAUAGAUAAACCUUUUUUCCCCCCAUUUUAGGAAUAUAUAAAUGCCUACAACGGGAAGAAAGAGAGAGGAGGAAUGUGUGUAUAUAUUUUAUUAAAGGACUAUACUUCUUCUUGGGCUGAGCAGAUAUAUUUUGCUGGAUAAGCACAUAUAAAACAAUUUGUUUCAAUAAAUGUAGUUAUACCGCAGAAAUGUAAACUGAACAAAUAAACUUGGAGUAUGUAAAGAAUAACUUUAUACACUUGACAAAUAAGAGUCUAUUCUAGUGUGCACAUUGGUGAAAGUAGACAAUUUGUUCCAAUAUUCAGGUUGUACAUGCAUUUUAAGAGUCACAAAGAAAUCCAUGGCCAUCAAUCAGGCUUCCACCUUUCAGGUUCUCACAUAUCGGACAGGAGCAAUCAGCUGAAUGUGUGUUUCUAUUGAGUUGUAUGUUUUGCUAUAAUUCGGACCCUCAAGUCCCGUUCAUGUUUGGUGUGUGUUGUCUACAGUCAUUUCUUUGUGAGAAGGAACCCCAACAGUGCACUGCAUGGAUCCGAUGCAUCACAAGUCCUAUUCACUGUGAGCCGAUGGGUUAAAGAGGAAAAAAAAUAAAAAAAAAUAAAUAAAAAAUCAGCCUAUCAUAGAAACUGGCUUAGUUUUUUUUUUUUAUUAUUAUUAUUAUAUAUUAUUUUUUUUUAAGUUUGCCAAUGUUGCUGUGUUUCUUGCUGUUUUGGUGUUAGGCUGGUUAAUAUUAAAGCUCAGCAUGCAUUUCAUCAACAAAGCCAUUGUGUACAUUAUAAACAUGAAGAACAUUGCACUUCCUUCGCUGAGGGCUUUCAUUGUGUAAAUAUGAGAUUUGGAUGUGCACACUGCUUGGAAGGAGGAUUUAUCUUUAUGAAGGUGUAAAGGGACCAAGUUCGUGGUUACAUGAUACUGUACAUAGUGUGAAUAUGACCCACACGCUAUUCUGAUAUCUGCCGUUUUGAUCAGGAUGUACAAACGUCACCUCAUGGAUGAGUGAGGGUUGAACAUAUCGAUUGUCUCGGGAACUGACAUUUGCUGUAGAAAUCAAAAGCAGACUGUUAGAAAAGUUCGCUGCCAUCUACAUCAUGCUCCUUCCGUGCACACACACAUACAUAACAGAAACACCAGACAAAUGCAUAUUACUGCAACCUGUUCAGUCUGGUGUGAGACUCAUGAAAAGAAAAAAAGGAAAACACAAGAAUGGCCUCAUUUAUGUGUGCAUUCUGUUUGUACAGUUAGUAGUGAGUCAGUAAGACCCCAGUUAUUGUAAAACUUCAACUGUGACAAUGUUGAGAACGCAAAAUAAACAAAUAUAUGACUUA